AUGAUCGGUACGGAAUGGAGGUCCCUGGGGACACCAAACACGUGGUCUAGGCUGCCACAAGACGUCAGCGGCAGAUGGCAUGGGUACCCGCGGUUGGCAUGAGUGUCAUUCCUCAAAGAGAGAGGGAAGGGAGAGAGAGAGAGAAGGGAGAGAGAAAGGAAGAGCGGGAUAGAGCGAAAAGGGCUCCUUGCGCUGGGUUGUUAUUUAUACAGUUUGGUUUGCAGGAGAAGAGAUUGUGGCGCUGGCUGAGUGGAGAUAUUUGGGAACAUGCAAGGAAAUAUGUUGACACUGCCAUUUGAAGAGCCACAUAUGAUGUGUGAGCCACGGUUCGGUGCGAAUUACCCCCGCGACAGCCUACCUGAGAACCUGGAGCAGGAGCACAGACAGCACAACCUGGAGGAGAUGUCCGGCUCAGACAUGAGGGAGGCCGAGGACGACAACUCCGACAGGGAAGAGGAUGAGAGAGAGGACGACCAGGAUGAGAACGGUCUUCCCAAAAAGCGAGGGCCCCGGAAAAAGAAAGCGUGCAGCCAGGGGAAGACGGACAGGGUCAAAAUGCGGCGCCAGGAAGCCAACGCCCGCGAACGCAGCCGGAUGCACGGCUUGAACGCAGCGCUGGAGAGCUUGCGCAAGGUUGUUCCGUGCUACUCCAAAACUCAAAAACUGUCCAAGAUUGAGACGCUCAGACUGGCUAAAAAUUACAUCUGGGCCUUGUCCGAGACGCUGAGCGCAGGGAAGAGACCGGACCUGCUCGCCUUCGUGCAGACCUUGUGCAAAGGAUUAUCCCAGCCUACUACCAACUUGGUGGCCGGCUGUUUGCAGCUCAACGCGAGAAAUUUCCUCACAGACCACAAUGGAGAGGUCAUGUUCUCUGGCAGGUCGCCCUACGACGCCAUGUACUCGUAUCCCGGCUCCGACAUGAACACGCCCCCAGGCCACAGCGGCAGCCCCUUGGACAGCAGCUCAAAGCCGUUCCGGCACUAUAGCUACGGCGGCGCGUAUGAACCGUACUACGAGAACGCGUCCUCCGAGAGCGGAAGCCCGCACUUCGACGGCCAGCUGAGCCCUCCGAUGAACUUUAACGGGAUUUUCUCCCUAAAGCACGACGAUCCGUCCGACUAUGGCAAGAGCAGCCACUAUGGCAUGCGCUACUGCAGUGCGCCGGGACGCACGGCUCUUGCGCACAACUCCAUGUACCGAAUGUCCUCAGAGGCCCGUUUCCCCUACGACCUGCACCUUCGCAGCCAGUCCUUCCAAGCACAGGGGGAAAUUAACGGCUCUUUCCAUAAUUAA